AUGGGAUUUUCCCCAGCUUCAUUGCAUUGGGUCCGGUCCUAUGACCGCCAGCACGGGAAAGAUGGAACACCGUCCGUGGACGAAACUCAUUACCUGUCGCCGGAUGCUAACCAGGUUGUAAUAUUACCAUAUGGAUGCCUGAUGGGGACCGAUUCUUCUGAGGUUUUGGGAGCGCUGUCUGCAAUGACAGAUCGAAGCGCCUACGCUGGAAAGGGUGGUAUGAGAAAGAUCGACGUAAGAAAUACUCAGGCCGCUCCACCUGUCGAAGUAUCCGAAACGCCGCCAUGGGACCUCAGUAAGGACGAGGAAGAAGGCAUAAGAGAUCAAUUGAUAGAAAUACACACGAAAAAUUGCCCACAAAAAUUGGCAAUCACGCAAAAAGAAGCCCGUCCAAUUGGCGGGCAUAUUCAACUUUCCUCGAAACUAUUUGAAAUACAUCAACAAUACGGUCUUAGAAAAACGGAAGGGGAAAGAGGAUACAUGCCUCUUUCUCAGGGACCUCUUUGCUCGUACGAUCCCCAGAGUCAUGCCAAGUCCGACAACCCCCCGGCACCAGCAGAAAAGCACAUGACGACCAAGAUACCAACAAUUACGCACAAUAAGGGGGCUCCGGAUUGCUAUAGAAGCCAUUUUCAGAAUAGCUUGGAAGGAAAGUAA